AUGGCGACCGGUGCUCAGGGCGGUGCCGCCGGCGGCCAGGCCGACCAGAAUUUUGACUACAUGUUCAAGCUUCUCAUCAUCGGCAACUCGUCGGUGGGCAAGACGUCGUUCCUCUUCCGGUAUUGCGAUGACUCAUUCACGUCGGCGUUUGUCAGCACGGUUGGAAUUGACUUUAAGGUGAAAACGGUGUUCCGUGGCGACAAGCGGGUGAAGCUCCAAAUUUGGGACACGGCCGGCCAAGAGCGCUACCGUACGAUCACCACAGCGUACUACCGAGGUGCCAUGGGCUUCAUCCUGAUGUAUGACAUCACCAACGAGGAAUCGUUCAACUCCGUACAGGAUUGGUGUACACAAAUCAAAACCUACUCGUGGGAGAACGCACAAGUCGUGCUCGUCGGCAACAAGUGCGACAUGGACGGGGAGCGGGUCGUCUCCAUGGAACGGGGACGGCAGUUGGCUGAUCAGCUCGGCCUUCAAUUCUUCGAGACAUCCGCAAAGGAGAACAUCAACGUGAAGGCGGUGUUCGAGAAGCUGGUCGAGAUCAUUUGCGACAAAAUGGCCGAGAGUCUCGAUAAAGACCAACAGCAGCAACCAAAGGGCACCAAGCUCGACGCGACGACGACGCAAAAGCCGCCCCAGCAAUCCUGCAACUGC